GAGACCGCAGAGACACAUUCACGCAUGCGUCUGCCCGCGCCUCCCAAACUCGACAACGCUGUCGCCGCGCCUCUCCUCGCGCUGCUGCUCACGGCUGCGGCGCCGCCGCUGCUGCUCUCGCCUUCUCCGGCGCUCGCCGCCGCCUCCACCUCGCCGACCUCGACGGAGCUCUCGCGGCUCUCCGCCGGCCUCGCCCGCGUCGACUACCUGCUGCGCGACUGGGACCGGCUGACGACGGUGUGCAACGGUGUGCAGGACGCGACCGAGGCAAAGCAGGUGGCGCGAACGAUCGGCGACCAAAAGUGCUCAAAAUCGCCACUCAUCGUGCAGCGCUACAUUGGCGCGUCGUCGACGCUCGAUCCGCUUUUCAAGGCGGACAAGCUGAUGAUCCGGGCGGCGUCGCUUGUCGCUCCGGAGCAGCAGGAGGAGUACAGCUCGGCGGUGGACGUGUACAUUCGCGAGCAGCAGAUGUCCUCCACGAUGGCGUACACCUCGUCGUGGUCGGGGAGCGAGAACCCGAACGGCUCGGUGGAGCAGAUCGAGGAGAACCUACUCGAGGCGAAGAAGGAGGUGCUCGAGACGCAGGCGGCCUUGCGCACUAUCGUGCGCCUGCUCGGCCUGCCGCCGGCGCCGCCCUUUGCAGAGUGAGGGACCCGGGGUGUUUUCAGUGUAUGUGGCUCUCACAACAUACCCGAAGGUGGAAGACUUCAUGACUACUGCUGUUGUCAGGGUUUCCGAUGUUGAGUAAUAAGUUCG